AUGUCAUCAUCUACCUGCGAAAUCGACUCUCAAUUACUUGAAAAGAUCAAGAAAUUUCGUUUUGCAAAAUAUUCAAGUGGAAAUGCUGCCUUUGUCUUGCAAAUUGAUCGAAAGCAGCUAAAGAUUGUCGAAGAAGAAGUGUAUGACGCUGUUUCUUUGGAAGAACUUAUCGAAGAGCUUCCUGAAAAUAGCCCACGUUUUAUUAUCUUGAGCUACGAGCGAAAGUACAGUGACGGUAGAGUCAAUUACCCUCUUUUGUUUAUAUAUUGGUCUCCUUCGUCUGCAAAGGCCGAGAUCAAUAUGCUGUAUGCUUCUGCAAAGACUUUUGUUCAAGAAAAGACAGAUGUUACAAGGGGUGUUGAUAUUCGUGAUCCUGAAUCCUUUACAGAUGAAUAUAUCCUGAAACAUUUAGGAUAA